AUUAUUCUAUACUAGCGAAGCGAAUUUAUUUUUAUUGGUUUACUAUUUUGCCAUUCUAGGCCCCUGAAUAUAUAAGUAUCUAUUCGUCAGAUAAUGAAAGGCAGUUAACCUGAGAAAAAAAAAAGGACGGCGAAUAUUCACGAAGACUUAAGGCAAAACCUACCUACUGGUAACUUAUAGCUGAUGCCUCACGAAGAAAAACCCCACCGACACUUAGGGUCGAUCCGCCGGGCCAGAUCGAAGACUCGCAAACACCAUAGUAGUAACAGUGGGGGCGUCGUGUUGAGAGUUCUAGACAGCUUCCGAAGUAGCAGGCGUAAUGACGAAAAGAAGGUGGCAUCGCUGCCACCAGUGCAGCUGUCACAACAGGGGGACUGGCAAGCCAACUAUCAAGUGACGCACCGACCAGACCGACCGCUCGUAGACAAGAGGUCGAAGGAACCGCUGCCGGACUCUGCGUACGCUGCCGAGCUUCUGCGGAUGCAGGAUAAGAACCGAGAGCAAUAUACGGGGCAUAAUGGGCGGGACUUAGAUAAGACAGCACCACCGCGGACGGGCCCCCCUGCGGAAGUGACACCUUUACCGGCAUCUAUGUUAAACACAGCGCCGGUGCGCAACUUCAGCUAUUCGGUACAAAGCCCCAAGGGUACGCGAGAUAGCCUACCCACGCCAUCUCUACCUCUAGCUGCGCCUGAGUGGUUGCCACGUGACAAUAUCACCCAGGAAAAGGGGAAAGCCGUGCAAUGGCAGGAUCACGCAAGGGCUCGACAUCCAAGCACGCCUCCCUCUCCUAAGGCCGUGACGAUACAAGUCUAUCACAAGGAGUCUGCUGAUCAUGGCCCCGCCGGCCGUGGUUCCGUUACUCAUGGCUCCGUCAAUCAUGGAUCGGUGGACAGUGGCUCAAUUGACCGGGGCCCUAUUGUCCGACGUGCAACAGCGAUAGCGGCGGCCGCAGCAGCCGAGAAGGAGGAGGAACGUGAGGGGCCGUCCAAUCUUCCAAGAAAGAUUUCAGAGUCCGAUCAUCAAGCGAAAGUCGAGAGACGCCACUCGUGGCGCGUACGACAUGAGCGGAGGGGAAUUUCCGUUAAUCCCAAGGACGUGUCGCGGAAGUCCAGGACACCCAGCUAUGGUGACCCAGGCGCCGUGAGGCCCGGACUCAUCCUCAACUCAUCACCGACACUAUCCACAUACUCUUCGACCGAACACGAGACGACGUCAACGUCGGAGGCAGCAAUACGCACGUGCCCGUGGCCUGGGUGUAAUACCGUCCUGACCACGACCAAGGAGCGGACGGACAAUAUCUGCGCGAGCUGCCAUGAUGCGCUGUACCCGCGCGAGAGCGCCUUCUUCGGCACGCACGACAUCACGCGGCCGCAGUCUCCGAAGGAGGAUGAUGUCAACGCUCUCCGAACGCUGGUGAGCAUCAAAAAUCACAGUUAUAGUAACGACAACGGCAACAACAAGGAGACUUCCAAUACGAAGGCCCCUGAGCGCCCUAAUCGCUCAGGAUCCCGGGUCCCGCGACGUGUCGAUAGCGGGUACAGCAUGGACGAUUUCAAGCUGGAGCCUGCGCCGCGGGGGAAGCGUCUGGAGCGUAUGGAGAAGCGAUCACCUCUAGUAUCACCACCACCGAACCGUACGGACAUCCGCAACAAUCGCAGUGGUUAUGUUGGUGGCGGUGAUAGCAGGAGCAGUAGCAGAAGGUCCAGCCCGCCACGCAAAAUCAGCACCGAUUACAGUCCCCACGACAAUUCUCGCACUCAUAUUAGCAGCAAUGACAAUAGCAACAAUAACAACAACACCCAUAACGAGGACAUUACACCUACGCCACAAAUACAAACAAACCCCAUCGAAGAAAACAACACCACCACCACCACCAACCCCCCCUCCGACCCAACCCAAGAAGGAGAAGAAGUCAGCUUCCGAAAAGCGCACUGGGUCUCCCCGCUCCAGGACACUCUGAUCAUCACGGGCCCCCCUCCGCGCCGCGAGGACGGGGACAGCUACUCGCCGCACACGCGGCGGCCGCGGAGCAGCCACAGCUCCUGGGAAUCUGACUCACUAUCAUCAUCGGGGUCCGACGCCUCCAUGUUCGCCUGCCGCUCCCGGCGCUCCUACUCCUCCGGCUCGCGCACGCCGUCGCCGCACUCCCAACCCCUGAGGACGGAGGACAACAACAAGAAGAAGAAUAAGUGGACGGGCAAGGACGUGAUCGCGCAUGCCGCCACUCCCUCAACCUCCGCUGCUUCUCCCACGUCAUUCUCACCACAACCAUACUCACCAGGCGACAUCCACCGCAACAGCAGCACCCAGAACCACCGACACAGCACCGCCGCCCACCGACGGAGCCAAAACCACAGCCGUAGCCACCACCACAAGCACCACGACAGCAUCAAGGAGAACCCGACCCCUCACAGCCCGCACCCCCACCCCCACCACAAGAAGUCCUCCGCGAAGAGAAAAAGCCGUCACAGCACCACCAAGACCGGCCCACCCCCGCCCCCAUCACCCUCAACCACAACAACGACAUCCGCCUCGGAGCCCGCUCCUCCUCCUCCUCGUCACGCCUCGCGGCGGCAGACGACGGUGAUGCACGACCUGAUCGACGAGAUCAUCGACUGCUACACGAAGCUGGACGACAUCUCGGUCGAGGACCAGGAGCGCCGGAAGGCGAGCGUGGUGGGGACGUACAUGGAGGAGCCCGAGGAGGAGCGGAUGAUGCGGUUGGGGUAUUUCUAGGACUUGAUUAGCUUAUCUACCUACCUAGGUGUGUAGCUGCCUACUAGUUAGAUAUACAUGUGAUU